AUGGAGGUCGUCUCCACAGAGGCCAGCAGCAGCUCCCAGGGAGGCACCGGCUGGCUGGAUCUUACCCUUGUCACCUGCACUGAAACGGUGACUUUCACUGAAGUGGUGGCAGAAGAGGAGUGGGGAUCCUUUUACUAUUCUUUUAAGACAGAGCAGCUGGUGACUCUUUGGAUUCUCUUUGUUGUCACAAUUGCUGGAAAUGCCAUCGUGCUCUUCUCUACUUGGAGGAGGAAGCGGAAAUCUCGAAUGACCUUCUUCGUUACACAGUUGGCAAUCACAGAUUCGUUCACGGGACUCAUAAACAUAAUGACUGACAUCAUCUGGCGCUACACUGGAGAUUUCAUGGCUCCUGAUAUCGUUUGCAGAGUCGUUCGCUACUUUCAGGUGGUCCUUCUGUACGCCUCGACUUACGUCCUUGUGUCACUAAGCAUAGACCGGUAUCAUGCCAUAGUUUACCCAAUGAAGUUCUUGCAAGGAGAAAGACAGGCGAAAGUUCUUAUUGGAGUGGCCUGGAGCCUCUCUUUCCUGUUUUCCAUACCGACUCUGAUUAUUUUUGGGAAACGGCAGCUCUCCAACGGGGAAGUGCAAUGCUGGGCUCUCUGGCCUGAUGAUUCUUACUGGAUACCCUACAUGACGGUGGUGGCUUUCCUGGUAUACUUCAUUCCUCUCAUCAUUAUCAGCGUCAUAUACUCAAUCGUGAUUCGAACCAUCUGGAUGAAGAGCAAAGCUCAGGCUGUCAUCCUUUCCAGCUGCCCUGGUGGCAAAACCUCUGCUGGCUACACCAGUCGUGGGUUCAUAUCCAGGGCAAAAGUGAAAGCGAUUAAGUACAGCAUCGUAAUUAUCCUUGCAUUUGUUCUCUGCUGGAGCCCUUACUUUCUUUUCGAUAUCCUGGACAACUUCAACAUACUCCCUGAGACCAAAGAGCGCUUCUACGCAUCCGUGAUCAUUCAGAACCUGCCAGCCUUGAACAGUGCCAUCAACCCCCUCAUCUACUGCCUCUUCAGCAACCGCCUCUGCCCCCCUUUCGAGGAAAGAAGAACACGAAGGCUGGGGGGAACUUUCCGAGACAGGAGUGAUGGAGGGCAGGAGAUGCAGGUCCUGUCCAAACCAGAAUACAUCUAG